AUGCCGCCGGAAUCAAAUGUGAAGCAUAUCCAACAGUCAACAGCAGAUGUGCUAUCGUCGUUAUGCGAAGGACUAUCGCGUGAAGAGAGGCGUAAAAAGCUGACGGAACAUCUAACCGCAACCCAGAAACAGUAUGACGAUACGCUGCUAGGCAUCGAGAAAACCAAAUCACAUAUCGAAGAAGCUAGAGUCAAAUAUGAAAAUAUGGACGACAUGAUUCGUACACUUGAUCAGUUGAAGUGCAGUUUGGAGCAGCAUAUUCGAACUGUGAGACUGAAUGAGAGUUCGUUCGCUGGAACGUCGGCUGUUCUCGAGUACGACACAGCAAAAACACGUACUAACAACCUAAUUAGCGUUAUCAAGGCCCGCUCACAAUGGGAUCGAGCGAAAGAGGUGCUGAAAGAAGAUGGGAAGGACGAUCAACAGAAAAUGUAUGAAAGCCUUGCUGAUAUGCAGGCUAGUCAAGACACCUUGUCCAAGUUCGUCUCGCAAGGAUUCGACACGAAAGAGUUUGAGGAACUGAAGGACCGUUUUCUUGCAUGGCAAAGUGCCGCAUUGAUUUUCGCCAUUCAGCAAGCGGAUUUUGAAAAGUUGGCUGAAAUUCAGAAAACCUAUGAGAGUCUUGGACGUAAAGACGAGUUCAUCUCAAUUUUCCGUCGCGUAUCGAUCAACAGAUUACGAGAAUUCUCAUCCGAUGGUCCUUCGAUUCAAUCAAUAAUUGAUGCUUUGUACAAGGAAUUGGAAUUCGCUUUCAAUCACCAUCAUAAGGUUCUUCGUCGAUUUCUCGAUGACGAUGCAGCCUCCACCGUGCUUUCAGAGGCGAUUCAAGAGGGCUUGAGUGAGCUGAACCUUUCUGGUCCUUUCUCGACAAUUACAUCCUCUGAUGAAAAUCCAAUUGAGCUUCUCCAGAAAACUGCACAGUUCCUAGCCACACGUUCCGAUGCUUCAUCAAAAAUCCCAUAUCUUGCUGGUAUUUCACAACAGUUGAGAACAGAAAUAGUGCACGAUCUCAUCACACCUUUUCGCAGUGCCUUAACCGGAUAUGCGUUAUCAAAGAUCAAUACAAUUGAUCUGACAAGCGGCUCUUUCCGAGCUCGAGUGGAGUCACUCAAAACGGCCAUUGUUGAGCUCCUCCACCUUCUCAGCGAUAUCUUCGUUCACAGUGAAGCUCUUUUCGGUCAUGACGUGAAAAAGGUGGUACAACAACCAAUAGAUAAAUGCCUGGACAACUUUUUGGCUAGAUUAAAAUCCUGGGAAUAUGGAAUAGACAGCCAGCGACGUCCCCGUUCGCUCGAAGAUGCUAUUGCGGUGUGUUCAGCCUCCGGUCAGCUAGUGUUCGGACUGCAAGAAUUCAAAACGAUGGUGUCAAAUGUGGAACCAACACUUUCUCCUAACAUCAAAUCUGCUUUAAAAUGGAAUAGAGGAGUUUGUGAUUUUGUGAUGAAGUCGGCCAUUGAUCGGGUGGUUCCGAAGAUGACGUCAAAGAUGGAAGAGAUUGAGCUGCUGCAAUUGUUCCAUCGUUGGGAACAGUUUUUCUUGGACGACAAUGUUGUGCAUUCGUUCUAUAUUGCUCUGAAGAAAAAAUUCGAAGGCGAUGAGUUGUUCAAGAAAACUGUAGCUGAUGUGGCCAACAGCGUCAUUGCUAGUUUCGUGUCAACUGUCGGUGAUCCAUCUUCCUUUUCGAAAGACGUCGCUAAGCAGUUCUACGCUGACGCUGUUUUCCUCAAGGAUGCUUUCGAGGAUUUAAGGACUGGAAACGUUGAGCAGCUGGAAGCCUUAGAGGUGAAGCUCAAGAAUGUUCUCAAAUGA